UAGGUUCUUCCAUUAUUCUUGAAUCUUCGCCGGAUUCGAGGAAAUCCGGGAAAGGAAAUUAAAGAUGGCAUUAGAUUGUAGGUAUCAACUAAUGGUGUUGCUGCUCGUCUUCUGUGUCAUGGCCUCAGGGGGUCUUGGCGUUGGAGUGAACUGGGGAACUAUGGCUUCCCAUCAGCUGCCUCCCGAGAAGGUGGUGAAGAUGCUGAAGCAAAAUGGGUUUGAUAAAUUGAAGCUGUUCGAUGCGGACGAGUGGAUCAUGGCGGCUCUGAUGGGGACUGAUAUCGAAGUGAUGCUAGCAAUCCCCAAUGACAUGUUGGAAGAGAUGAGUAAGAAUUCUAGUGCCGCGGAUUCUUGGGUCGCUGAAAAUGUGACCGGUUACUUGUAUCCUGGUGGACUCAAUAUCAAGUUUGUUGCCGUGGGUAACGAGCCUUUCCUUAAAGCAUAUAAUGGCACCUAUCUGCAUACAACUUUCCCAGCUCUUAAGAACAUACAAACAUCACUCUAUAAUGCUGGCUUGGGUUCAAAGGUUAAAGUCACAGUUCCCUUCAAUGCAGACAUUUACUUUUCCCCUGAAUCAAAUCCAGUGCCAUCAGCUGGUGACUUCAGGCCUGAGUUACGAGACCUCACUAUUGAAAUCAUCCAAUUCUUGUAUUCAUGUGAUGCCCCUUUUACAGUAAAUAUAUAUCCCUUCCUUAGUCUUUAUGGCAACGACAACUUCCCCUUUGAAUUUGCAUUUUUUGAGGGAAACAGCAAACCUCUUAGAGAUGGAAAUUCACUUUACGCUAAUGUUUUUGAUGCCAAUCUAGACACUCUUUUAUGGGGUUUAGAAAAGGCAGGGUACCCUGACAUGCAAGUCCUCAUCGGAGAAGUCGGUUGGCCAACUGAUGGUGAUAAGAAUGCUAACAUUCAAAAUGCAAAGAGGUUCAACCAAGGUUUGCUUAAACAUGUUCAAAGUGGAAAUGGUACCCCUAAAAGGAGAGGGAUUAUUGACAUGUAUCUGUUCAGCCUCAUUGAUGAGAAUGCAAAAAGUGUUGCUCCUGGCACCUUUGAGAGGCACUGGGGGAUUUUUGAGUUUGAUGGGAAGCCAAAGUAUGAAUUAGAUCUAACAGGUCAAGAACUAAACAAGGGUCUGGUUCCUGUGCAUGGUAUAAAAUAUAUGGAAAGACAAUGGUGUGUUUUGAACACUGAUGCUGGUACUAGUGCACUAUUCUUGGCUCAUAGCAUUGACUAUGCUUGUACUCUAUCUGACUGUACUGCGCUGGGUUAUGGAUCUUCUUGCAAUAAUCUGAGCCUCCAAGGGAAUGCAUCAUAUGCCUUCAACAUGUAUUAUCAAGUACAUAACCAAAGGGAUUGGGGUUGUGAUUUCUCUGGUUUGGGUAUUAUAACAGAUAAGGAUCCAUCAGAAAACGGAUGCCAGUUCCCUGUGAUGAUUUCUUAUGGUUCUUCAUUGAUGCAUGGAAGGCUAUGGGAUAUCCUAAGGAAUACUGUGGGUGUAUGUACCUUGAUUAUUAUUUUGCUUUAGCUGAUAGAUUUAAGAAGUCAGUUUAAAAUGUGUUAUGGCAGAUGCAGAUUUUCCUUUUAUUUGAGCGGCUCACUUUGAGCAUUUAAAAAUUUGUUAUAUAAAGUAGAAUUUGCAAAACUCUAGG